GUGUAGUUGCUUAAUGGCGCGCAGAUUGCCGUCAAAACCUCUCCUUCCGCCUACCCCAAAAGGUUUCUCCAACUAAAAAGGCAAAACGGCACAGCAUAAAAGAACCUUCCUGACAUCACACACAAUUUGAUGAUUUUGACGCCAAGUUGGGCUGUGCGUUUCGUUAUGAAAGGAUAUAAAAAGGGAGGGCGAUCUUGCAUUUCCUCUCUUCGUCUUUGUUCAAGAAAGCUACUUUUUGUGAAAAGCAUUAAAUCCGAAUCUUUAACAAGCAUUUCGCAACCAUGACCCAAUGCUGGCAACCCGGUACCGACUACGGCAAUGGCAGUGUCGUUGAAUAUCAAGGAAGCCAUUACCGUGUGAUUCAGCCCCAUCGCUCGCAAGGUGACUGGACACCCGAUCGUACUCCCGCUCUCUGGGGACGCGUCGCCGACAAUGAAUGCGGGCAACAGCAGCACCAUCAUCAUCAGCAACAGGGAGGAUACCAACCACAGCAACAACAAUAUCAGCAACAACCGCCCCAGCAGCAGCAAUAUCAGCAACAACCGCCCCAGCAGCAGCAAGGCUACGGUUAUGGACAGCAAAACCAACAAGGUUAUGGCUCCAUUCCCGCCGUUGUACCUGAAAAUAGUGAUGACCCACGCAAACAAAAGAAGGAUGGCUUCGACAUUGGUGGCUUCCACGUCAGCGACGAUCAAUUGAAGAUUGGCGGUGGAAUUCUGGGAACUGCUGCUGCAGUCGGUAUUGGUGCCUUUGCCUGGGACAAGUACAAUGAUGCCAAGGAGGACAAGGCCGAAACCGCCUGGGGCGCCUCGAACUGGGAGCAAGAUGCUCGUCGCCGCCAGGGAGAGUACCUCGAGGCGAUCAAGAACAACCGCCCUCUCCCUCCUGUCACCUGGAUCCUCACCGAUGGCAACAACAUUCCUCAAGGGGCUAUCCGAGGCGGCCAAGAAUCGGAUGGAACUCCGCUAUACAUUGCCCGAGCCUACUACGACAAGGGUGUCCACAUUGGGAAGAUUUCAAAGGAUAUGAAAGAGGGUGCUCGUAUUGCUUACGGCGGGAAAGAAGUCAUCGUGCCCAAGUACGAGAUCCUUCUCGGUUAUGAGAAUGCGGUCAAGUGGGUUGAUGGUGAGGGCCACUUGAAGAAUACCCAAGGCUUGAAACUUGUCGAGGGAGGUCGCGAGUCAGACGGACGGCCAUUGUACAUUGCUCAGGCUCACAUUAAGAACAGUGUGCAGCCGGCAAAGGUUGCGGAGCAUCUCGACGGCGCAUUCGUGCCUUACGGAGGAGAUGAAAAGAAGGAAAAGCACUACCGCUACUUGGUCUACGCUUAA